AUGGUCAACUCCUGUUGUGGUUCCAGCUGUGGCUCCUGCUGCUGCAGGCCUACCUGCUGCCAGACCACCUGCUGCAGGACCACCUGCUGCCGUCCUUGCUGCCGCCCCUGCUGCUGUGGUUCCAGCUGCUGUGGCACCAGCUGCUGCAGGCCUAGCUGCUGUGGCUCCUGCUGCUGCCGUCCCUCCUGCUGUGGUUGUGGCUCCAGCAACUGUGGCUCCAGUGGUUGUGGCUCCUGCUGCUGUCGCCCCUCCUGCUGCAUCUCCAGCUGCUGCCGCCCCUCUUGCUGUGGUUGUGGAGGCUGUGGCUCCAGUGGUUGUGGCUCCUGCUGCUGUCGCCCCUCCUGCUGCAUCUCCAGCUGCUGCCGCCCCUCUUGCUGUGGUUGUGGAGGCUGUGGCUCCAGUGGUUGUGGCUCCAACUGCUGCUGCCCUGGCUGCUGCCUGCGUCCAGUCUGUGGCAAAGUGUGCUGCCAAACCUCUUGCUAUCGCCCAACCUGUGUCAUCUCCACCUGCCCUCGUCCCAUGUGCUGCGCCAUCCCUUGCUGCUGA